UUUUUUUUGAUUUUAAUUCUUUUUUUUUUUUUUUGUAUUGUUUUGCAUUGCAAACAACAUCAAACAAUCUCAACAAUGGCGAGUGAUGACCCGUCGGCGCCGUUUGUGCGGCUGGUGCCUCGCGAGCCCAACCUGUUCGCCGAGCGUCGUCUGACAGUGCGCGAGCGUGCGUCGAUCGGCCGCGCGGUCGGCAAGGUCAAGCCAAUGGUCACCAACGGGAUUUUCGACUCGAAGGUCUUGUCUCGAGCGCACGCCGAGGUCUGGUUUGAGGACGGCAAGUUUAUGCUCAAGGACGUCAAGUCGUCCAACGGAACCUUCCUGAACAGCAACCGCCUGAGCGACACGGGCCAAGAGUCGCGCCCGUUCGAGAUCAAGUGUGAGGAUGUCGUCCAGUUUGGCGUCGACGUCCUCGAGAACAACAAGGUCACCCACCGCUGCAUCAUUGCCACACUCAUCUGCUGCGAUCCGACCGAUCCCGAGUCGGUCGCCCUGGCCGUGCUGGCGGACGCUCGCGCUCACGCAAUGCUCGUCAGCGGAGGAUCAAACUCUGCGCCAGGCAGCGCCUCUGCGACCAUGGUCGGUGCUGGUGGCAGUGGCUCAGCAGGAGCUGCAGGCGGAGAGGAAGGUGCAACCAACAACGCUGACGCGGCGGCUGCUGCGACGCCAAGUUACCUUGCCGCGCUCGGCUCUGCCGGCAGCCUCGACAACAACAAGAGCGGUGCCGAUUCGGUCCAGCGAUCCAUGACCAUGACAGACGGUGCCUCGCUGCUGUCCGCUGCUGGCGUCACUGCAGCUGCCACCACGGCUGCACCGAGCGCCGCAGUCACCGCGGCCGCGAAGCAACUCGCGCACGAGCUGCCGGCGGCGUUGGAGCAAGCCUCUGGUGACGCUGUCGCCAUUGCCUCCAUUCUCACACAAUCCACCAUGGGCUCGAUGAACGCGGCCACCGCGGCAGCCGUUGCUGCGGCCGUUGCUGCAGCCCAGGCACCCAAGCCCGGCAUUGUUCACCUUCGCGACGAAACGAUUGCUCAGCUCACCGCGCAGCUUGUCGCAGCCUCGUCGCGAGAGCACCAGCUUGCCACCAAACUCGAGCAGCUCGAGCAGAUUGUUGCAUCCAUUGAGCAGACCUCGGCCAUGGAGUAUGAAAUUUACUUUGAGGAGGAAAAGCUCAUGACUCGCAUUGAUACCCUCGAACGCCAACUUUCCUUCUAUCAACACCGCGCCGCCCAUGUCGCCGGAAUUGCUGAUAACGCUUCCCCGGAGGCCGAGCUGUUGGCUAAGGUUGCCGAUCUUUCGGGCUCUCUUGUCAACGUGGAACAAGAUCGACACAGCUUUGAGUUUUCGGCCAAGGAAAUGAUCCGCAAGGCUAUUGAGGACAAACAGGAGGUCGAUCGACGAUGUCUGGACUUGGAGCGCGCACUUGCCGCCCACAAAGCCGACCAUACUCGCGCAAUUGACGAGCUGAAGGAAGCCAAGGUCCAAACACAGGCUGCUCGGCUCGAGGAGGAUCGUUUGAAAGUCCUUCUUGAGCAAGGCGAGCUGCAGAUUGCUCACCUGCGCACCGAAGUCGAAGAGCUUCGUCUAUCCACCUCAGCGGGCUCAGAGGCCAAGCGAAAAGUGACAGAGCUGACCGAGCAGCUGGAAAAGGCCGAAAAGUUCCGUGUCGAGUUUAUGACGCUCCAAGAGCAAUGGUCCACGCAAGAUUCACAGCGCCAAGAAGAAAUUACACAAUUGCGCAAAUCCCUCGAAGAGGUCACUGCUCAACGAGACGGCGCAAAGCAAAUGGCCAACUCCUUGAAAGUGUCGUUGGCAGCCUCGCUGGCGCCGAGCCCAACUGUCAACGCAAACUCUGCCGAGCUGGAGGCCAGCAAAGCGCGCAUUGUUGAACUUUCGGCUCAAUUGCAAACCGCCACCGAUGCCCUCAAGACCGAGACUGCAAAGACGUCCGAGCUUGUGAGCAAGACUGAAGAGUUAACCGCACAAGUCACAGCCAGUGUUGCUGCAGCGGCUGCCUUUGAAGCAAAAAUCUCAACGGCAGAAAACGAGCGAAAAGGCCUCGUCGAUGCAAAUCAGCAGUUGCGCAGCUUGACAGCGCAGCUUGCAUCAGUGCAAGAGGAGGCUGCUGCCCUGUCGCAUGCAACAGAGAGGAACUACGAGCUGGUGGCCACGUGCGAUCGUUUGGUUGGCGAAAUGACCUCCUUGCGCUCUGAACGCGAUCGUCUGGCGGAGCAAUUGCAAGCCCUUGCUAAUGAUAGCAGCUCAGAGGCACACGCACUCCGUGACCAAAUCGCAGCCAAGGAGGCUGAGCUGGACAAGGUGCACAAGUCGAGCGAAGAGACGGCAAAGGAGCUUUCCGCUGCUCGAACCCGGCUGGAGAAGAAGGAGUCGUCCACGCGUGAAGAGCUACAAGCCAUCGGCGCAAAGUUGGCUGCCAUCACUGCAGAGCGCGAUGAAAUGAAUGGCAAGCUCGCAGAGUUGCGAAAGACAAUCAACUCACGCAGUAAACCGCUCAUCAUCACCUCUGCUGGCGUGGUGCUGCUCGCAGCCAUCGUCGCUCUCCAACAAAUGCACUGAGUCUCCUUCCCGUCACAGCGAUAUCUAUUUUCUACUUGAGUCUGCCUCUGCUGCUGCUGCUGGCACAUGCAAGUGUAGAAACCUGGCUGUUUUGUGUGAUUGUCGUUUUUUAGCUCGUGUUUUUGUGCUCGUCUUUUGGAUGUUGGAGUGUUUUUUUCUGUUUGUUUUUCCGUCAUAUAAGCUGGUUUGUCUAUUGAAUAGCUCGCAUCGUUCGAUGUGACCGAGCACAAC